AACAUCGAGAAUACUAAGGUUCAACUGUACAGGAGCGCUAAAUCCGCCAAAACAUCACACGAAGACACACCUCCAAAUUUUUAAUUUUCACGAUUUUUCUUAAAAGCCACUUCAGUCUUGAUUUGUAUUGCUUUAAUCCAACUGUCAGAUCGACCACAGGGAUAGACAAGGGCAAGAACAUUUCGCUGCAAUACAUCUCAGUAAAAUUUAACUUGCUAGGAAUUCGUGUCCCCCCACCCCCCAAAUCUCAGACCUAAUUCUGCAGGAGUUGUCAAGUAGAACACAUAGGAAAAAAAUACAGAAUUUUCAAUAAGGCGAUGCAAAUUUGAAGGGUGUGGAGAGCGCAAGUAAAGAGAGACACAGACAGGAACGCGGGGCAGGAAAGGAGGGCGCGGAAGGAAAUUUAGUGAGCGAUCAAUCGCCGAUCCGCGCCGCGAGCCGCCGAAACCCGCAGGUCCACGAUCCCCGGGAAACAGGUACCCAAACGGCUCAUCUCAGGUUUCCGCGGGUCACAAAAGAAUAACGGACAAGGUCCGGGACCGCUUCCGCCGCCGCCCCGCCCCGCCCCGCCCCCGAGACCGGGGCCCGGAGGGGACAGCGCCCAAGGAGGGUGCGGCACGCGCUCCACACUGUUCUUUGCUGCCUCCCAGGCUCCGCCACUCCGGAGCCACGCGCGAAGAGCACGCGCCGCCCGACGUGAAAAACCAAACACAGGCGUUUCUCGUCAAACCACUUUAUUGGGGCGACCGGGCCACCGGCCGCCCCGCGCAAGGUCUCCAGACCGUUCCCACCUCACCCCUGCGCCGGCCACCCACUUACCCCCAACUACCCAGUCUCCGGCCCUGUACUCCGGAGACGCGCGGACCGCUCACCAGCUCCUGAGGUGGCGGCUGCCGCGGCGACGCCCAACUCCCGAGUGUAACCCGGGAACAAGCGGCGGUUUUGUCGCUGUUGCACCGCGAAGGGCGGAGGCCGCGCGACGCAGAACAGCGCCGGCGCCGCGCUGACGUCACGCGCCGCAGGGCCAGCCUGCCCGCGUGGGGCUGCCCCGCCCCCUGUCCCAGCGGCCCCAAUCCGGGAGGAACCCGAGUUAGAGGGCGGGGCCUCGGCGAUGAGCAGGGCCACGGGAUUGGCAGCGAGGGAGGAGCAAGAGCGCGGCUGAGCGAGUGGGAGCGAGGCGGGGCGGGGCGGGCCUAGAGCGGAAGUCUCGCGAGGCCGAGCCCGAGCAGAGUGUGGCGGCGGCAGCGGCGGCGAGAUCUGGGCUCGGGUUGAGGAGUUGGUAUUUGUGUGGAAGGAGGCGGAGGCGCAGGAGGAAGGGGGAAGCCAGGCGCCGGCCCGGAGGGCGGGAGGAGGCGCGGCCAGGGCGGGCGGCCAGGCGAGGUGCGGCCAGGCGGGCAGUGGGACGAGCAGCGGCCGACAAGCGCGGGGCACACCGAGCGCGGGAGGCGGGGAAGCCCCGCCGCGGCCGCCGCGCCCGCCCCUUCCCCCGCCGCCCGCCCCCUCUCCCCCCCGCCCGCCCGCCGCCUUCCUCCCUCUCCUUCCUUCCCCACGGCCGGCCGCCUCCUCGCCCGCCCGCCCGCAGCCCCCGCGCCGAGGCCGCCGCGGCAAUGGCCUCGGGCGACACCCUCUACAUCGCCACGGACGGCUCGGAGAUGCCGGCCGAGAUCGUGGAGCUGCACGAGAUCGAGGUGGAGACCAUCCCGGUGGAGACCAUCGAGACCACGGUGGUGGGCGAGGAGGAAGAGGACGACGACGACGACGAGGACGGCGGCGGCGGCGACCACGGCGGCGGGGGCGGCCACGGGCACGCCGGCCACCACCAUCACCACCACCACCACCACCACCCGCCCAUGAUCGCUCUGCAGCCGCUGGUCACCGACGACCCGAGCCAGGUGCACCACCACCAAGAGGUGAUCCUGGUGCAGACGCGCGAGGAGGUGGUGGGCGGCGACGACUCGGACGGGCUGCGCGCCGAGGACGGCUUCGAGGACCAGAUCCUCAUCCCGGUGCCCGCGCCCGCCGGCGGCGACGAUGACUACAUCGAACAGACGCUGGUCACCGUGGCGGCGGCCGGCAAGAGCGGUGGCGGCGGCGGCUCGUCGUCGGGCGGCGGCCGCGGCAAGAAGGGCGGCGGCAAGAAGGGCGGCAAGAAGGGCUACCUGGGCGGCGGGGCCGGCGCGGCGGGCGGCGGCGGCGCCGACCCGGGCGGCAAGAAGUGGGAGCAGAAGCAGGUGCAGAUCAAGACCCUGGAGGGCGAGUUCUCGGUCACCAUGUGGUCGUCAGAUGAAAAAAAAGAUAUUGACCAUGAGACAGUGGUCGAAGAACAGAUCAUUGGAGAGAACUCACCUCCUGACUAUUCAGAGUACAUGACCGGAAAGAAACUCCCUCCCGGAGGAAUCCCGGGCAUCGACCUCUCAGAUCCUAAACAGCUGGCGGAAUUUGCUAGAAUGAAGCCAAGAAAAAUUAAAGAAGAUGAUGCUCCAAGAACAAUAGCUUGCCCUCAUAAAGGCUGCACAAAGAUGUUCAGGGAUAACUCUGCCAUGAGAAAACAUCUGCACACCCACGGCCCCCGAGUUCACGUCUGUGCAGAGUGUGGCAAAGCUUUCGUUGAGAGCUCAAAACUAAAGCGACACCAGCUGGUUCAUACUGGAGAGAAGCCCUUUCAGUGCACGUUCGAAGGCUGUGGGAAACGCUUUUCACUGGACUUCAAUUUGCGCACGCACGUGCGAAUCCAUACCGGAGACAGGCCCUAUGUGUGCCCCUUCGAUGGCUGUAAUAAGAAGUUUGCUCAGUCAACUAACCUGAAAUCUCACAUCUUAACACACGCUAAGGCCAAAAACAACCAGUGAAAAGGGAAGAGAGAAGACCCUGCUCAGCCACGGGAAGCAUCUUCCAGGAGCGGGAUUGGGAAUAAAUAUGCCUCUCCUUUGUAUAUUAUUUCUAGGAAGAAUUUUAAAAAUGAAUCCUACACACCUAAGGGACUUGUUUUGAUAAAGUAGUAAAAAUUUAAAAAGAAACUUUAAUAAGAUGACAUUGCUAAGAUGCUCUAUCUUGCUCUGUAAUCUCGUUUCAAAAACACGGUGUUUUGUAAAGUGUGGUCCCAGCAGGAGGACAAUUCAUGAACUUCGCAUCAAAAGACGAUUCUUUAUACAACAGUGCUAAAAAUGGGACUUCUUUUCACAUUCUUAUAAAUAUGAAGCUCACCUGUUGCUUACAAUUUUUUUAAUUUUGUAUUUUCCAAGUGUGCAUAUUGUACACUUUUUGGGGAUAUGCUUAGUAAUGCAAUGUGUGAUUUUUCUGGAGGUUGAUAACUUUGCUUGCAGUAGAUUUUCUUUAAAAGAAUGGGCAGUUACAUGCAUACUUCAAAAGUAUUUUCCUGUACAAAAAAAAAGUUAUAUAGGUUUUGUUUGCUAUCUUAAUUUUGGUUGUAUUCUUUGAUGUUAACACAUUUUGUAUAAUUGUAUCGUAUAGCUGUAUUGAAUCAUGUAGUAUCAAAUAUUAGAUGUGAUUUAAUAGUGUUAAUCAAUUUAAACCCAUUUUAGUCACUUUUUUUUUUCCAAAAAAUACUGCCAGAUGCUGAUGUUCAGUGUAAUUUCUUUGCCUGUUCAGUUACGGAGAGUGGUGCUCAGUUGUAGAAUGUACUGUACCUUUUAACACCUGAUGUGUACAUCCGUGUAAUAGAAAGGGCGGCAAUAAAACAGCAAUCCUAAAGAGAGAGUACGGCAGAAAAAGAUCUGUAAGCACAGUCUUAUUCCUUUUGUUGUCCAGAAUACUUAAAUUCUUGAGCCUCCCAGAAAUUGGAAGCUAAAUAAAGCAACUCAAGUUUCCUUUACUUUGCACUCAGUGACAGUGACUUGUGGUUACAGUGAUGCAUGAAUAUUCUAGUACUUGUGCACCUCCUGAGUUCUGAGAGUAGCAGCAGGCACCCCACGGUAAGGACCUACCUCAGUGCCCAAGCCGGGCCAAGCCCUUCCGAGGUCAGGGGCCAGCUGGCCUGGGCGUGAGAGGAAGGUGGCGCGGUGGGCCUUUGCUGCCCAGCCGGGAGGCCCGGCCGGCUCUUGGGAUCUGGCUUGCGGGCCCUUGUUCCUCCACCUGUGGAGUUCGUGCUGGAUGUGGCGCGUAUGGCAGUGGAGUGCCCACUGUAAAGUUAACGCUUCUAAGCGCACACCGCGUGCCGAUGGGCAAGGUGGUCAGGUUCCUGGGGAGCUGUACUCGGUGAGUACUUGUCCUCCUCUUGUGGCCUCUUCUAUGUACAACUACCAUUUGUGAGCUUCACUUAGGGUGAAUACCAGGCUUGCUGAGGUAUUUUAUAAGCAGAAUCCCGUUUCUCAGAACACCAACAUGCCGUGCGGGCGUCUUCUGUGCCGAGCGAGUGUGGCUCUGCUCUGCGAGGCAGAUGACACCUACCUAAGAACAGGUCGCUUUCCAAGAGGCCCAGGACCCCAUUGGUCCAGCCUGAUCCCUUCCAGCUGCUUCACCAGGAUGAGUGACCUGGUGACACUGGUCCUGUGGUUCUCUGGAAUUUUGAAGUGCCUUCCAAAUCAUGAAAACACCACCUUCAGAUCUGUGUUCCAUGUGUCCAGAAUCUGGUAUCCAUUGGGUCGUUUGGAGCUGAGGUGAUAGGAAGACCCCAGAUGUCCCUGGCUGUCAGGAGAGAGGUAAGCCCGCCGCGUAGGGUCGGCCCCCACAGCUGGUGGCCCUUGGCCAGCCUGGCCAGGGUUCUGUCAUUCUGUCACUUGUGGACCUGCCCGCACCUCUCUCCCCGCUGUCCGGGGCAGGAGUCCUGGUGGCUGCACAGGCCCAUGUUCCCCACACCCAGUGUUUUCUGCACUGGAGCCUGGCCCUGGCUGUAGCCCUGGGAGACGCGCCCUGACCUGUGACCUGCGGGGUCCGGGCUCCUGCACAGAACCUGGUCCCUCUUGUGCCUUCGUCCUGUGGGGGGUGCGCGUGGCCGUCCCUUCCCCCCUUUGUCUCUGUGGAGCAGUCCUCGCCCUCCCCCUUACCUGUUCCUGUCUUCUCAGCCUGCAGAGCUCACUUGUACCAAGAGCUUAACUUGGGGUUCAAUGAUUGCUUCAUGACGCGGCGCUCUGAAUUGACAGCAGUGUGUAGAGACUAGUGAAGGAGCAAGUGGAAGAGUCGAGGCAGUUCUCCCUGGGUUUCCCCAAACCCACUUGGCUUGUUAGAAUUUAUAAUUUUGUAAAGAUAUUUACUAAAAUUUGAAAUGUGUUCAGUGGUUCCAUUGUCUUGAGAAGUAAUGUAAUUUAUACAUAAUACUGAUAGACAUAUUUUCUUACAUCUGAGCAGAAAUAAAUGCAUGUUUGUAGCAUAUGUAAUAUAAAAACUCCAGAGGAUAAGUUUACACCUAACAAGACGUUUUCUAUUUUUAAAUUUCUUAUUGCCCCCUUUGGUAGUGGGGCUUCUGGGGGACAUAAUAUUUGUAUAAAGAACUGUCACUCCCGAGUGACACUUACUUUACAAGGUGACCCUGAGCUCAUGCUGCUGGUCUCACAGCAUCUGCUUUGCCUGGCUCGAGGCCUGCGGAGUUGAGGGAACAGGGUGUUUUUCCUAGUUGGUGUUCUUGCGGAGACUUGCUACCGGCACUCAGUUGGCUAAGUCUGAGGCAGUAGGCCCUUUGGGGCACAUGUGUGUUCCCUGGCUGCCUGAGCACCCAGCUCCAGGCCAUCUUCACAGUGAAGAGGCUUGUGGUGGGCAGUGCAGGCCUGAGAGUCCUGACCUGGCUUCCGGUUGCCGCCCCUACCCUCAACUCCCCCCAUCCGGGAUCCUUUCCUAGCAGAGCUCGUGUCAGAACUCAGUGGAGAUGUCCCCAGCUAGGGUUUGUGUCUGUGGCACAGGAGAGCCCGACCCCUAAAAUAAGACUUUGGGUUGGAAAUGUGCUAAUCCCACUCCUAGGUGGAGCUGAGUUCAUCCUGUCUGACCCCUCGGUGAUCCAGAAUCACCAUGGCCCUGGGGACCCAUGUUAAUCUCAUCCCAUGCGGUCUUUGAUAUUUGACCAGUGGAAAGAGCAGAGAUCACAAAGGUCAAAAACGCCAGGAGAGCUGCUGUGGUUCCUGGCAGCCCUUGGUGUCACACCUGUGCCGGGGUGGCUGCCUCCUCACCACCCUGUGGACCUGAUGCAGCCAGCUCUACCCUGCCGAAGAGUCCUCUGGUUCAAUCUGACUGUAGCUCUGUCCCGGCUCACUUGGCGCUCCGUGACUGCAGCAUCUUUCCAGAGUGGAGGCCCGAGAGGUGGGGAGGAAGCCGGCCGCCCCAGCCGCACGCCUGGUCCCCUGUUGUUGCUUUGCACUGCACACCUGCAUCAGUCUUGCCUCCCGGCACCAAGCAGGGACAAAAGAGCACUGGAGGCCCCUUAGCAUCCUUCCCCGAUGAAUGGCUGCAGGUUUUAGCUGGCGUGGUAGGCAGACUUGCUGGGUGGGACAGGUGGCAUGGGUGUGGACCACCAGCCCACCCUUUACAGAUACCGGAAGGGGACAUUGAAAAGGGCAGCAUCAGUCAGCAAAUGGGACCUCCCACAGGCUGGUACAGAAGGUGAGAGCUGCCUUGGCCCCUGCGUUCCGCGAGCAUCCUGGGAGAGAUGCAGAUGCCUGGAAAUGAUGCUGAGCUUGUGGCGGGAGUUCCUGCUGGGCUGCCCAAAGUCCCGGCCGCUGGCUGGGCACUAGGCAGAGAGAAGGGCGAUAGUCCCAUCCAAGGUGACCUCGUUCUCCGCACCGUUGGCGUCUGGCUGGCUCUGCUGGUCAUCGAUGUUCACUUCUGGUAACUUGUGGGCCCUGGCUCAAGGACACAGCACUGUGUCUGGUGUUCAUCUUUUUCUUAAGUGUUCUUUGCCAUUUCUGAAAUUGUCCUUGGUUUUUCCUUAGCUCAUACAUAGGUCAUAGACACAAAUAUUAUAGUAUUUAAGGCAUCCGCAUCAAGCAUCAGAUGGCUUUGCAUCCAGAAAAGCAUUGAUAACUCAGUUUGAAGCACCAAGCAUGUAUAACAUGGCUCUAUAUAAUAAAUGCAUAAUGUUAAGCUUU